CCGUAGAUGUAGAAUGUAGAUUGCAAAAAUAUUUUUUUAAAUACGAAUAUUAUGAUACUUACAUGAUAUGUUUGUUUUUCUGUGUAACACAAUGAAACUUAUAAUAAUUUAGAACAAAUGUGUGAGAAAUAAAAGAGUAGAUAUGUUAGUUUUCAAAUGUGCUUUAAUAUUCUUCUUUUCGACUUUUGUGUUGUCGUAAGUAAAACAAAAAUGUGUAUUCUUUAAAAUUCUUAAAUUAUUUUCGUCGUAUUUUUAGAAUUCUGAAAUAGAAAAGAUUUAUUUAUUCUAAAUCAUCAAAAAUUAAUCUAUUUAAAAUAAUGGAAAUUCUGUUGCUUAGAGUACUUUCACUUUCCAAAACACAUUUGACUAAAGUUUUGUUUUCUUUUAGACUAAGUUCGCAAGUUGCAAAAGUGUAUUCGUUGGGAAUUGGUCUUUCCUGUUUAUACUUUAUCAGUGGAGCAUUGGCUGGCAAAAUCCUGUAUGACAGAUACCAGUACAUUCAUAUCCUUGGCUCACUAACACCUAAUCCAAAUGUGACCUUGUAUGUAAACAGAAUAGCUUCUACUUCUGCAUCAUUCCUCUCAUUGGGCUUCCUCAGUUACCUUUUUCUUGUCUUAUUUCAGAAAGAUGAAACCACUCUCAGAGCACUUACAAUAUUUUUAUGUGGAUGUGGGUCUCUUUAUAUGUGGGUACAGAGUUUACUCACAACAUAUAUAUCAACUUUAUUUUAUGAGAAAAGAUUGACAGUAUUGAGACAAUACCUAGCCAAUUUGAGCUUCCUGUUUCUAGUUCUUAUGGCAAUAUUUGGGACCUUAUCUGUAUUUUUGCCAGAAGGUGAUUCUAGUGUAAUGUACAUUUGUAACAUAUUAUCAUCUCUUAGCGGAUACACAAUGACAACUAUUUUCUGUAUAUAUAUUUUGUCAUUUGAAAAGGAGUAUGCAUAUUUUUCGGAGGGAAUCCGUUCCAAUAUGUUAAUAGAUGACACCUGUUCGUUGAACAAUGCGUCAGUCGACGAAAGUUUACUGGAUACACCUACAAUAAGGAGGAUAUUGCCCCGUACUGUGUCCUGACAAGAAGCCGUGCCCGCGGGCACGGUAAAAGCGCCAUCUUACGGCAGCUUUAACGAAACGAAUUUCGAAAUUUCGGAAAACCAUUUCUCGCAAGAGUCGAGCCCCGAUAACGACAGUGGCAUGUCCUCGGGUGAGAACGAUG